AUGAAAGAAAGAGAAAGAUCAUUCUUGCAAAAUGGAAGCAUCUUAUUAGAGAAUCUGAUUUCUUCUUGUAAUGGUAUUUAUAAUCCUAUUCGCAAUUUCUCAAUUGAGGAGAUCAACAUAGAUACAAACAACUUUGAUCGGUGUCACAUCAUACAAAAGUAUUCACUUUUUCUAGAACGUGGGUUUAGAGUUGAUGAGGUUGAACUUUAUGGAGAAGAUGAUAAUUAUGCCUUUUAUGUUUUGUAUAGAGGUUGUCUAGAUGACCGCCCAAUUAUUGUUAAGAAGUUUAAAGGGUUAGUCGGAGAAGAUGAACUUAGGUCUCUUGCUAUUCGUGAUAUGGUCAUUACAACCCAAAUGAGCAAGCACAAGAAUGUUUUGAAACUGUUAGGCUAUUGUUUAGAGUUCCCGGUACCUGUUCUAUUUCUUGAAAAUGCAAAAAAUGGAGCUCUAAAUGAUCAAGGAGGUUUUGGGGCUAACGAAUAUCUACCAUGGAUGAUUAGGGUACAGGUUGCAAAGGAGCUUGCCAAUGCACUUACAUAUCUCCACACUGCACUUUCUAGGCCUAUCAUCCACAGGGAUAUAAGAGACCCAACAGUGUUUUCUUGGACCAUGACUUUGUUCCUAAAUUUAGCAACUUCUCACUUGCCAUCACAGAUCACAAUCCCUCCUGACCAAUCUCAUUCUAUAGAUACUGUGAAGGGGGAUUUGUGGCAUCUUGAUCCUACAUAUAGAUAUUCACGCUCUGUUACGCAAAAAAGUAAUGUUUAUAGCUUCGGUGUGUUUCUACUUGUUCUCUUAGCUGGAGAGAGGCCUAUGUAUGACACAAUUGAAAAAUAUGAGAGACAUCCUGUUCUAAAUGAUAAAUUAACUGAAAUUGUGGAUCCUAAACUUUCUAGCGAGGGAGGAGAAGAUGGAAAAGCGCAACAAAUUGGAUCUUUUCUAAAACUAGCAUCGGCAUGCAGCCAAAAGAAAAGUGAAGCAAGGCCGGAUAUGAUCGAUGUAGCAAAAGAACUCAUGCAGAUUGAGAAAUCCUUGUGA